AAAACCAAGCAUGGUCAAGGCUUCCUAAUCUCCAACUACUACCCUUUCUGUUCCAGAGACUCUUGAUGAGCAAUUUGGCAUCGAAUCCAUGGAAACCAAUAACAUCCCAUUUGUUGAGCUUACUCAGGCCGGACAUGCCUGAUGCUCAUGUCACUUCAUACAAGCCUAAAGUAUCCUGGAAAGAAGACGCAUUUGAGGAGGUUCCUUUCACAGUUCCUGCCGAUGGAGCGGACUCAACCAAGACCAAAGGAAAUUCUAAGUUGACUGGAGCUGUACUGCUGGAACUCUUGAGUAUAAAUUAUAUCAUUUCCCUCAAUCCAUUGAGCAUGGCAACAGCUGUGAUAGUGAAAAACAAUGGCAGGAAAGAGAUGACGUUGACUAGUGCAAUAUUUAGCAAUGUGAAGUUCAAGAGAAGGGAAGGGACAGCAGUCCAAGGACUUAGAGGCUGCUCGUAUUGCACACACCCUCCUCGAUCUUCAUUUGAGCUCUUAUCUCCAUCUGAAGCAAUGCAAUCUCAACCUGAAGGAUGGUUUGGUUUUGAUAGCGAAGAGAAACAUGGUGUUAUCUGGAAACAGAAAGAUGCUGCUCUCACCAUCUUGAAGCAAAAGCUCAGUCCGGCUUAUGCUGCUCCACCAGAACAGAGACUAAACACAAGUCAUUUUGUAACACCCCAUCUGCAAAAUAUGAAACUCUUGUCAGGGUCGAGAACCCUUCUUCAGGGUAAUAAGAAUUGGCUUCGAGGACAUAUAUACUUGUUCAGUCCUGGCUCCAUGUCUGAAAAGUAUGGAAAGGACUAUUUCAUUUGCACUGACCCUGCUUCAAGGCUGGUGCCUUGCCUGUGGUGGGUGAGAUUUGGAGAGGUGCCCAAGUGAUUCAACAUGAUAACAUGUGACUAUGUUAUACAACAACAUAGAUAAUCCUUUUGUUUUUCCCUUCUUUCAAUUUCUCUAGGGAAGAAGUUGGAAAAUCAAUAUUGUUUUGUAAU